AAAACCGCUUCGUACAGCUGAAACACUCUGCAUUUAAAGCUGGAAGACCAGAUGUUGAGAAGCAUGACUGUAAGGAAAGGGCUAAUGACAUUUGCAGUGUAUGCCUUAAGCAAGUGCUCGGUGACGGAACUGAAGAAAACUGCCCUGGUGCCUGUGCACAAACCGCAGGUAUGAACCGACUUUCAGCGCUGGCCCUGCGGGGGCAGGACCGACACUGAUACUUUUCCCGGCGGCGUUCCAUUGCGGUGUGUUGCACAGCGAGCGAGUAACAGCACAGGCACAGGCAGGCGGGUCUCAGAAGGACCCUGGACUCUGCGGGUGCUCCCCGCCCGGCCCCAGAGCACCCCGGGCCCCCUCCCCGGCCCCGCUCCCCGGGCGUGCGCCGCGCCCGCCCUCGCACCGCCCGCCGGGGCGGGCCAGGCCCCGCCCAGCUGCCCUCAGGCCAUGAGGGGCUCUGCGGAGGUAACCCGGGCGGAGAGCCUGGCGGGCUUCAGCACCGCCGCUCCGGACCGUGCGUGUGCCCCGGGAUGCCCCUAGAGCUACUGAGGUGACUUUCUGCUUGCACCAUCUCUCUUCUUCUCCCUUUCCCGAUGACGAGCAGAUUUGCUACUUGUGUGCUGGCUUUACUGCUCUUUUGUUGUUCCUCUGAUUCUUAUGAACCAUCGACAUUGCCUGAUCCUCGGGAUCCAAAGUUUAUUGAGGAAUGUGUGCAAACCCAUAACACAUUGCGGUCGAGAGUGGAUCCACCAGCCAGCAACAUGCUCUACAUGAGUUGGGAUCCAGAUUUGGCAAAGACUGCAAAAGCUUGGGCACAGAAAUGUGUAUUUAAACAUAAUAUACACCUCAAAGAGAAAGGGAAAACUCACCCCAGAUUUAGUUUUAUUGGAGAAAACAUCUGGACUGGCUCACUUUCUGUUUUUACUGUGAAAGCAGCCUUAGCCUCUUGGUACAGCGAGGUCCAACACUACAAUUACAACACCAAUGGGUGCAGUAAAGUAUGUGGCCACUAUACACAGGUAGUUUGGGCUACAAGCUACAAGGUUGGUUGUGCAGUCCAGUUCUGUCCCAAGGUGACAUACACCUCCAUUGUCAACGCAGCACACUUCAUCUGCAACUACGGGCCACCUGGGAAUUACCCAGAGCGCCCCUACAAGACAGGAGGUGCGUGCAGCGAGUGCAGUGGUGAGCAGUGUGCCGGCCUGCUGUGUAAAAAUCCAGAGCGUGACAAAGUCAUUGAGGAUUCCAACUGGCAACCAGAGUGGGACCGAUCUGUGGCUGCAUGUGAUAAGUUCUGCAUCCUCGGGAUUGUUUUAAGAUUAUUAUUCCUUAUAAUUACAUUUGUGGUCACCUGGCUCUUAUCAAAGUAUUGGUCUCUGGUACCUGCCAGUGGGUAACACACGUUACCCACUGUGCACACAAGAGCACUUGGCUCAACUCAUCUCUUCCGUUCACAUGAGUUACAGGCAACACAAACAUUGGUAGAGACAUUGCUUGCAUCCACAGGUGAUUUAGAAGUACAGAAAUAACAUCUUCAUUGCAGGUUGUAGUUACAAGCACUGAUAAGCAGCUUUCGUUGCUCAGAAGUUAAAAGUUAAAAUUAAUUUAGAUGUUAAUAUUGCUUUAAAAGUUAAAAUAUUUAUGAAGUGGAGCAGUGUGCAUGUGACCUGGUGGGUACAGGAGCACAUUGUCCGGGCAGCACACUAAGGCGCAGGUGGCUGCCCAAUACACUUCAGGAAGGGCUGGAGGGUGUCCAGCCCAGGAGCCAGGCCCCAGCCCACAGCCAAGGCACAGGCAGAGCAUGCACCUGUCUCAUUCCUGUUGCACUCACCUUGGGCACUCCUACAGCAAGAUGCAGAGUGCCUGUAUAAUUAAAUUUUUUUGAGGAAUUUUUGGAUCCCUGUGAGCUCUGGCAUUUGCAUCCUGUAGCAGCACUUCCCAGUCUCCCAGAGCAUUUGUCAUUGGUACUUUGCUUUGCUUAGAAUCUGUUUUUAAACUCAUUUCAUCUGUGCCUACACAGUUUCACUUGUGUUUACAUGGUUAUAUAUCUCUGCAAUCUUUCCUGUUGUGUGGGCAUAGGGGUUUUACUACUGUUUCAAGCAAUAAAGUGUUUUUUCCUGCU